CAUUGCAGGCACAACCAGGCGGCGGCGGCCACGGGGCCAGGCGGCGGCCCGGAGGACCUGCGCCCUGCGCCCUUCUGCACCCGCGGGCACCAUGAGCGGCCGAGUCGGGGACCUGAGCCCCCAGCAGCAGGAGGCGCUGUCCAGGUUCCGGGAGAACCUCCAGGACCUGCUGCCCAGAGUGCCCAAUGCUGAUGACUACUUCCUCCUGCGCUGGCUGCGAGCUCGAGACUUUGACCUGCAGAAAUCCGAGGACAUGCUCCGGAGGCACAUGGAGUUCCGGAAGCAACAAGACCUGGACAACAUCCUCUCGUGGCAGCCCCCCGAGGUCAUCCGGCUGUACGACUCGGGAGGUCUGUGUGGCUACGACUACGAAGGCUGCCCUGUGUACUUCAACAUCAUCGGGUCCCUUGACCCCAAGGGUCUCCUGCUGUCGGCCUCCAAGCAGGAUAUGAUCCAGAAGCGCAUCAAGGUCUGCGAGCUGCUUUUGCGUGAGUGUGAGCUGCAGACUCAGAAGCUAGGCAGGAAGAUCGAGACGGCGCUGAUGGUGUUUGACAUGGAGGGGCUGGGCCUGAAACACCUGUGGAAGCCAGCUGUGGAGGUCUACCAGCAGUUUUUUAGCAUCCUGGAAGCAAAUUAUCCUGAGACUCUGAAGAAUUUAAUUGUUAUUCGAGCCCCCAAACUGUUCCCCGUGGCCUUCAACUUGGUCAAGUCGUUCAUGAGUGAGGAAACACGCAGGAAGAUUGUAAUUCUGGGAGACAACUGGAAGCAGGAGCUGACGAAAUUCAUCAGCCCCGACCAGCUGCCUGCGGAGUUUGGGGGGACCAUGACUGACCCCGAUGGCAACCCCAAGUGCCUGACCAAGAUCAACUACGGGGGUGAGGUGCCCAAGAGCUACUACCUGUGCAACCAGGUGAGGCUGCAGUACGAGCACACGGAGUCCGUGGGUCGAGGCUCCUCCUUGCAGGUGGAGAAUGAGAUCCUGUUCCCAGGCUGUGUGCUCAGGUGGCAGUUCACAUCGGAUGGCGGGGACAUCGGCUUUGGAGUUUUCCUGAAGACCAAAAUGGGGGAGCGGCAAAGGGCUCGGGAGAUGACAGAGGUGCUGCCCAGCCAGCGCUACAACGCCCACCUGGUGCCCGAGGAUGGGAGCCUCACCUGCCUCAAGGCUGGCGUCUAUGUCCUGCGCUUUGACAACACCUACAGCCGGAUGCACGCCAAGAAGCUCAGCUAUACUGUGGAGGUGCUGCUUCCCGACAAGGCCUCUGAGGAGACACUGCAGAGUCUCAAGGCAACGAGUCCCUCCCAACACAGUGAAGACCCUAGCCACCUCAGCCUGUGUGCUCCAACCCCUUAGCUCCCAUCCCCAAUCCCUGUAGUCCCAGGCAGGGUGGUGCUGAAGGUGGCUGCAAAGAGUCACCUGUCCCACGUCACCAUCUCAGCUCAUUGUGGACCCACCUACCACAGUGGCCAACCAGUAAGAGGCCACCAGGGCAUAGACCAUGCUGAAGAUUCAGACAGAAACCUCUUUCCCUGUUCCCAGAGAAUGGGGGUGAGAAUGAGACACGGAAGAUGAUCCAGUCCACUGAAGAUGGGUCCUGCCUGCAGAAACUGCCCUUCCAUCCAUCCCGACAAGGUCCAGCCACCCAGGACUCGCCCAUGCCUGGAGUUCCGGCUUCAGGGGGUGUGUGUGGCCCAGGCCCUGUGGGCAUCACUGCUUUAGGCCUGAAAAGCAGAGAAGCCCCGUUCUCUGCACGUAGGAGGUCAGCAGGGUGGGCAGGCCCAGCUGGAGGCGGCUGGGUAAUGAGAUAGGGCAAGGGUGAGGGUCCUGGUUCCAGCAGAACAUUGGGGCCCAUCCAAGUUUGUUCUGCCACCACUGGAUGGAAAAUUGGAAAUGGGCUGGGCGCGGCAGCUCACACCUAUAAUCCCAGCACUUUGGGAGGCUGAGGUGGGCAGAUCAUCUGAGGUCAGGAGUUCGAGAACAGCCUGGCCAACAUGGCAAAACCUGUCUCUACUAAAAAUACAAACAUUAGCCAGGCAUGGUGGUGUGCAUCUGUAAUCCCAGCUACUCAGGAGGUUGAAGUGAGAGAAUCGCUUGAACCUGGGAGGCGGAGGUUGCAGUGAGGCUGCCACUGUAUUCCAGCCUGGCGACAGAGCCAGAUUCUGUCUCAAAAUAAACAAACAAAUAAAUGAAAGAAAACUGGAAAUGGAGAGGUGGGCCCUGGCAGAGGUAACCAUCAGAGGAAAAGCCACGCACAGCCUUUCAGUUGAGUGGGUAACGACUGAGUCUCCGGGAAUUCCCAGUGCUCUCCCCUCUCUCUACACCUGCUGUGAUCCUGCCAACAUUUAGCUUUGAUUCUUCCGGCAGCUGCACCAUUCAUGGAUGCAUAUACGUAGCACCUGAACAGGUGCUUUGCUGCUAGAAACAGCAAACCAUUUAAACUCCUAAAGCCAGUGCCACGAGGCAUCCCUGUUCCAACCGGGUGUUUGAGCAGGUCGGCAAGAAAAAAAAUGGCUGUGCUGGCUCCAUGGAGAUGGCCUGGGCUGUCGGGCAAGAGUCACAGAACAUCCCCAUCUCCAGGGGCUGCCUCUGCAUCUGAGAUGUGACAGGCAUCCCCCGACCCUGUUGCACUGCAUGGCCACCCUGUCUGCUGCUUCCCCAGAUGCAGUGAUAUCUGGAGGGCCAGAGGCACCUGGGCUUCCAAGGCAGGCUGUGACUGACUGGAGUUGGGAGGACCCUGUGCUAAAUGUCACAAGGCCCACCUUGUCAUGAUGGGGGAUUAUAGUGCCUCACUUCAGCCUUGACGUCCUCCGCCUAAAAACCAGGGGUUCCUAGACUUGAACUCUGAUUCUUGCCCAUGUAACUACCCACAGUCAAUUUUCCACCGUCAGCACAGCCUUGUCUGGUUUCCUUGCGGGUAGCAAGGACUGCUCUGCCCCCUGUACAAGGGUUUCCAAGGCUCUGAUCACAGGGCUGUGAUCACAAAUACCGGCUGCCCGGGGGAUGGCAAACAGAAAUGGGGUCAGGUGCAGGCACCAGUGACAGAAUUGCAGUGAGCACAGGGGUGGCCUGCAGAGGUGAGAGCAGAAUCUCCUACCAAGCCAGGGUGGGAGGGCACACUGGAAGCUCAGCAGGAGCACAUGUCCUCAGCAACCCCAUUUCUAAUUCUUCUUUUUUUUUUUGAGACAGAGUGUCUGUUGCCCAGGCUGGAGUGCAGUGGCAUGAUCUCA